GGCCCGGAAGCGCUAGAGCAGGAGACCCGGGGUGACCCGGUUGGUAGCUGCUAGCUCGAGCGAGCCCCCGCGCUCGCCGCCAUGGCCUGGACCAAGUACCAGCUGUUCCUGGCCGGGCUCAUGCUCGUCACCGGCUCCAUCAACACGCUCUCGGCAAAGUGGGCGGACAACUUCACGGCUGAGGGCUGCGGAGGGAGCAAGGAACACAGUUUCCAGCAUCCUUUCCUCCAGGCAGUGGGCAUGUUCCUGGGAGAGUUCUCCUGCCUGGCUGCCUUCUACCUCCUCCGGUGCAGAGCCGCAGGGCAGUCAGACUCCAGCGUGGACCCCCAGCAGCCCUUCAACCCCCUUCUUUUCCUUCCUCCAGCCCUCUGUGACAUGACAGGGACCAGCCUCAUGUAUGUGGCUCUGAACAUGACCAGUGCCUCCAGCUUCCAGAUGCUGCGGGGUGCAGUGAUCAUAUUCACAGGCCUGUUCUCGGUGGCCUUCCUGGGCCGGAGGCUGGUCCUGAGCCAGUGGCUGGGCAUCCUGGCCACCAUCGCGGGGCUGGUGGUCGUGGGGCUGGCCGACCUCCUGAGCAAGCAUGACGAUCAGCACAAGCUCAGCGAAGUGAUCACAGGGGACCUGUUAAUCAUCAUGGCCCAGAUCAUCGUCGCCAUCCAGAUGGUGCUAGAGGAGAAGUUCGUCUACAAACACAACGUGCACCCACUACGGGCCGUCGGCACUGAGGGCCUCUUCGGCUUCGUGAUCCUGUCCCUGCUGCUGGUGCCCAUGUACUACAUCCCCGCCGGCUCCUUCAGCGGAAACCCUCGUGGGACGCUGGAGGACGCCCUGGACGCCUUCUGCCAGGUGGGCCGGCAGCCGCUCAUCGCCCUGGCGCUGCUGGGCAACAUCAGCAGCAUCGCCUUCUUCAACUUUGCGGGCAUCAGCGUCACCAAGGAGCUGAGCGCCACCACCCGCAUGGUGUUGGACAGCUUGCGCACUGUCGUCAUCUGGGCAGUGAGCCUGGCGCUGGGCUGGGAGGCCUUCCACGCACUGCAGAUCCUCGGCUUCCUCAUCCUCCUGAUGGGUACCGCCCUCUACAACGGGCUGCACCGCCCGCUGCUGGCCCGCCUGUCCCGGGGCCGGCCCCUGGCGGAGGAGGGCGAGCAGGAGAGACUGCUGGGUGGCACCCGGACCCCCAUCAACGAUACCAGCUGAGCCUCCUCCCUUGAGGCCCCUGCUGCCACCUGGGUGCUCCUUCACCCUGAGGCUGAGGCCACACAGGCUGGUGAGCCUCAAGUGCCCUGUCCCUACAGACCCCCACGGCAACUGCUGCCACAGAAGAUAACACAACACCCAAGUCCUCUUUUCUUGCCACCCCCUGCAGGGUGGUGUUACCCAGCCCCCAUAGGCCUCUGAGCCCCUCCUGCAGCACUAGCACUAAAUCAUGAAGUUGAAUUGCAGGAAUUUACAACCCUAGUGUUUCUGGAUCAUAAACUAGAUUAUCAUAA